GCAACUUAAUAUUUAUAGGCCAAAAUUGUCGUGCAAACCUGGUUCUAGAAUUCAGCCAUUGCCGCUUCCUACUGUAUCGUCUUCUCUCCUAAAUCCUAAUCUCUUUCUCUAUCUACAUAGAUUUGGCCAGCGAAACCCCGCAUUACAUGGGGUCUAUGCUCGGUGACUGGCCUUCUUUUGACCCUCAGAAUUUUAGCCAGCUUCGACCUACUGAUCCGGCCAAUCCUUCGAAAAUGACUCCUGCUACUUAUCAUCCUACUCAUAGCCGGACUCUUCCACCACCAGAUCAAGUGAUAUCUACUGAAGCCAAAAAUAUUCUUCUGAGAAACUUCUAUGAGCGAGCUGAAGAGAGGGUUGUUGAGACCCAAGAGAGCUGCCUCUGAAAGUCUAAUACCAGAGCAUGGAUGCAAGCAACCUAGGGCCUCCACCUCAUGCUAAGCUUUGUCCGUGGGUCCAAAAUGCUGGUUGUCGAUGUAAAUACGAGUUUGUGAAGUUGUCAACUGAAAUGGAUUUGCUUGUCCAUUGCUAUGAACUUUGAAGCCAUACAUGUAGAUUUCUGUGUAGGAAUCAGAUUUAUAGUUGGAUGAUCAUAUAACAAAGGGUGAGAUGAUUAACUAUGCUUUACCUUGUUUUGACUUUUCUUCUUUUUUUGUUCUAUGGAUGGAUUUUAUGCUAGUUGCUAUACAAAUCUAAUUCACAAAAGAGAGAGCAUUUUGAUA